AUGAGCCUGAAUAAAAUCUGGUUACUUAUAUUUUUAAUUGCUCCAAUAAUUGGCGAAUGUGAAGCGAUCAAUAAUAAAUUGCCUGCUAUCUAUUAUGGUAAUCAAGGCUGGAAUAUGAACCAAGUUCAAUCUUUUUCGUCGUGGAUUGGCAAACGUCCUAUGGUGAUUUUACUUUUUACUGAUUGGUGUAAUACAUCAAUGAAUAACUUGUUUACUUAUCAGCUGAAUAAUAUUUGGAAUAAUGGAAGUAUUCCAGCAAUUACAUGGGAACCAUUUGGUUGUGGUGGUAGCAGUCAACCGGGUAUCAUGAAACUAGUUCAAAACCAAACUUAUGACAUAUAUAUAAACCAAUUUGGAGAUCGUUUAAAAAUAUGGUUAGCCGGGCCUGAUGGUAUUUUCGGCAAUGGUGAUGAUCGAAGGGCAUACCUUCGAUUAGCUCAUGAAAUGAAUGGAAACUGGUAUCCGUGGUCGAUGGGUUCAACUCCACAAGAUUUUAUAUCGGCAUGGCGUCGUAUACAUGACAUAUUUACAAAUAAAAGUUUAGAUUCAACGAGACUUCAAUGGAUUUGGUGCGUGAAUAAUGCUGAUGUUGGAAGUUAUAGAGCUGAGAAUUAUUGGCCGGGACAAAAUUAUGUUGAUUGGAUGGGAAUCGAUGGAUACAAUUUUGGUACAAGUCAAAGUUGGAGUUCAUGGGUAACUCCGAAUCAAGUUUUCGAUACAAUGUUCACACGUUUACAAAACUUAUCUUCAACAAAACCAAUAUGUAUAAAUGAAUAUGCAUCAACAAGUUUGCGUAUCGGAAAUAUUUCCAAUAUAACAGCAAAAAAUGAUUGGUUACAACAGUUUUGCACCUACAUGAAUAAUAAACAAAUUAGAAUGGCUUCAUAUUUUAAUACAGAAAAAGAAACUGAUUGGGCAAUAUUUGGUGGUGUACGUGGAAAUAAUGUGUGGGGUAAUUUCAGUGUCUAUACUGCAUAUCGAGAUUGCCUUCAAUCAACUGAUUGGAUAUUGCCAAACAGUACAAAUGCAAGGCUCAUCAGUGAUGCGCAAUUCGCUGGUACAAGUUAG